UUCACGCCAUACAACACUUUUUUUGGCUGUAUGUCAUAGGACAAGAGGCCAGGAAGUUAAGAAGAAAAAGAAGAAGACUUUUUGACAACAGUCACAUAACCCUAUUUGGAUUGGCAAUAUUGGCAUAUUUUAAAUCUUGAGUUUUUCGUGGUUUUUCAUAUUUUUUGUAUAUAUUUAUGUUGUUUGCUGCUGUUUUCUAGAUGUUGUUAUGAGUUGUGAGCAACCUAGAAGGUGGGCAUUAUUUUAAAAGCUCUUGUUUUGAAGAAAUAUGUAAUGCUUGUGGUAAUGCUGAAAGAUAAAUACUGUGGAAUAACUCGAAUAUGUGUUAUAUUAUUCCUUGGAAUUAUUCUCGACUCUCUUUCCAAAGUCGGAGGAGAUGUCGAAAACCAUAUUAUGGUGAACUGUGAUACUUUACGAAUGGGGCAGUACCUAUGCCCUGAUCCUGCUUAUGUUGAUGACUUAAUAGACCCCAAAACGCAGCAACUCCAUGGAUGUACAAGAGAAAAUAAAGCUAAGGUGAGAUGCAUAGCAGUGGAAGGCUUGAUAUGCAACAAUACAUCAAACUCAACAUUUUUCAGAGAAAUGCCAUGCCAAUGGACGAAUGGCUAUUCAUUUGAAACAGCACUUCUACUUUCUAUUUUUCUUGGAAUGUUUGGUAUUGAUCGAUUUUAUUUGGGAUAUCCUGCAAUAGGUUUAGCAAAGUUUUGUACAUUAGGGUUCAUGUUUAUAGGGCAAUUGAUUGAUAUAAUCCUGAUAGCAACACAAACUGUAACUCCAGCUGAUGGAUCAGCUUAUGUAAUUCCAUAUUAUGGACCACGUAUUGAGGUCAUUAGAAGUGAUAAUAACACUUAUAGAUUAAGGCAAGAUGAUUGGUGAAAUAGGUAUUUAUUUAAAAAAUAAAAUAUUUGCUAUGAAAAUAUAUUGUUAUAUGUGGAAAAAGUUGAUAGGUAGUGCUGAUGUGCUCAUAAUAAGUAUUCACAUUCCAAUCCAUAUAGGUAACAGGUGCAAAUCCAAAUACUCUUUUUAGUUUCUACUAAGGAAGUGUAUAGCCUGCCGACCAGUUAGCAAACUUUACCUUUUUUCUAGAAUGCCGACCAUUCAAUGGAAUACAUUCUUUUUGUAUAAUAUCAGUGGGCAACCCAAAAAAAAAAUUCUAUGCUUACUGGUAAGCAGCCUAUACUUUUUUAUUGGGAUGCUGACCAGUCGGCAGACUAUACUUUUUCUCUAAACUGCCGACCAUUCAGUAUUUAGUGGAAUACAUCCUUCCUGUAUAACAAAAUGAUCCAAGACUGUUAGUAGCUCCGUGUUUUUUCAGAUUUUUGGUUUACUAAUGGGUUAGUCUGUUUGGUUGAGUAUACCUCUACAUCACUUCCUUUUAAUAUUUUGUUUUCUAAUCUAGUUUUUCC